AUGGAUGGUGACCAGGCUGCCCAGCACGGAUCCGCAACGGACGACUGGUUUGCUGGCAUGUCACGAAAUAACAUGCCGAGCGCCGAGCAGAUACAGCGAGCUGCACUGGAGCUGGGAUGGUCACCGGCGUAUCUCUACUCUCGCUUAUGCCCGGGGUCUACCCAAGACGCACCUUAUCCUCAACAAACCACCCCUGGCACAUAUGGCACCACCCCUUUUGAUGUGACCUUACCUGGAACUCAGCAGAGGCCUCCUGACGAGCUAGACGAUAUUGCCAUUGACUUGAUUUUAGGCGAUAUAGGCGAAGACAUAACCGGAUACGAUAUGUCCGACCUCACUAUGGACCAACAGCCCACCAUGAUGCAACCAACCAGCCAGUCCAUUCUCCCCGCGGAUGAUGCCUCGGGGCGGGCCGAAGACUUACCAGUUGGGCGCCCGCACACUUACACUGAUGGCCAGGGUUCCGGGAGCACCGAUAUCACCCUAAGUUCCGAGGCGUCAUGGGUCGAUGUGGCCCGAGAACCCUCAUCAGCACCCGGUCGGGAGAUUGGGCAGGGCACUCUGUUCCCACGCGCGCCAAGUCACUGGCCAGCUUCCAUAGGCUUUUCUCGCUCUGUCAAGCUACCCGCUAGGCUUCGGCGUGGUCCCAAGCCCAAGAGUGGCAGACGACAGCCGCAACCCAAAGAAAAAGCUUCGAAUCCUUGCUACUUUUGUCGCCGAGGAAAAAGAGGUUGCGACGACGGUAUCAUCUGCAAGCCUUGUGAAAAACGCCUGACUCCAUUCAGGACUGGAAUGUGUCUUCGUUACGAGGUUUCUGAUGCCGCUCUCUUUCGCGUGCAGAAGCAGCCAGCUCAGAGAGCCAGCCAACGGUGGGCAACAAUGGACAUGGUCGACCUUGACGCCAAUGACUGGGAAUCGAGUGACAUACUGACCAUUCGCGUUACUCCAACCAUUUUACAUGCUCCGAUUGAACUAAAAUUACGAAAGUUCGUUCCAAAUGGUACAGAUGUCACUUUCAGAUCAUGGUGGGACGGUUCACAAAUGACGAGAUACGACAUGCCGCCAUAUGCAAUCGCCGACUUGGAAGAAGCAGCUAAGUCAUAUCGCACCGUCAUUGACCAGUAUGUCGCAAUAUUCGUCGAGGCUACAGUACGCCACCAUGAUAUACUGAUACAGAGGACAUACUCUGCCGCAUUAUGGCAAGCGGAACACACCCAGGACCCCAUGGAGAAAGAACUUCUGAUUACGAUAUUUCGCUUCUGGGUUGCGUGUCGUAUCACCUCCACUUCGUUGGAAAUCAUCGGUGACGAGACACUUGGACUAGCUCCUAUCAAUGACACAAGUUACAAUAUGCACGGCAAGGUGCCACUCCCCCCUAUCAUCACGCCUCAGGAGCAGAUCAUCGUUUAUUCCGGAAUUCUCAUUCCCCUGAGCAAGAGCAUUGUUUCUCAACUUGGGCUUUUCCUCAAGAACGCGAAUCCCAAAAUCCGAUAUCCUUCUUACUUGGGGCUAUUCAUCAUUCUCCACAGCUGUUCUAUGCUCACGAGAAGAAACAAGGAAUAUGCUAGACAAAUCAAUCACACGGGCGAAUACGUAAAUCCGGAUGCCAUUGCCGCCUUGCACUCAGGUGCCAUUACCAUGCUAGCACACUUCCAUGUCAACCAUGGAACUCAUCUCUUUAAUCCAGCGGCAACAUCAGGAUGUUUAGACCAAAGCCAAAUUCAAGUUCUGGCUGAAACCAAGAGAUUGGCCAAAGAGAAAUCUGAGUUAUUUGCUACCAUACGAAGAGAGCAAAAGGUCUGGGAAGACUUUUACUGGGUUUCACAGCUGUAUGACACUAAAUGGGAGCCAGACAAGCAGCCUUGA